GGCCGCGGGUCUGCCCAGAGUCUGGACGGGAGGGGCGGGAGUGGGGCCCCUGCCCUGGCUAGGCCUGGGUCCAAGCUGGGAGACAGGUCAGUCCGUGGGUCAGACAGCAGGAUGCCAUGCAUAGAAUGGGGCGUGGAGCUCCUAAAAAGGCCUCCAGGAGGUGGAUCAGGUUGGCAGGAUGGUGGUGGGUGGGACUGGUGUUGGCAGGUUUCUGGGAGGGGGAGCCCAGGCGGCCAGGAACGAGCCCUGCUCACUGUGAGUCACCGCCCUGCCUCAGUGGGGGCAUUUUUCUGGCUUCUCAGGAAACAGCCAAUUCCUGAACAUUUGUUGGGUGGAGCAGCCCAUGCUGCCUCCCUGGCCGUCCUGCCUCCUGGAGGAGCCACCUCCAGGGGGGUGCUGGGCUGGGGGAGGCCGUUGGAGGACCUGACUCCCAGCAGUGGAGCGGCAUAGCAUGCAUGCUCGGGAGAACAUGCGGGAAGCUCAGCUGCUAAGCGUGGCAUUGUGUCACCACUGGGGUGAGGCCAGGAUGCCGGGGCGAGGAGUCAGCGGCGAGGCCAGCACUGGGCACCCUGAGCUUCCGGGGCAGAGACAGCCACCGCGGAGCUGGCCUCGCAGGACGGACGGGUCCUGGUGCCGGCCCUCCCCUGACCCACAGUGACGGGCCACAUGGCACGACCGGUCUCCAGGUGUGGGUGGAUAUGUCAUUGGCCUGACUGUGCAGGGACUCAGGUGUGCCAGGCUCCUGGCCCCUGCCCCAUGGCUGGCCCCCACCAGAGGAUGACCCCACCCAGGCCAGACACAGAAACCUGCCCGACCAGUCCAAGAGGCUUUGGACUGCCAGGGUGUUAGGAGUAGGAGGGGCCCCUCUGGCCUUUGGCAUCCUCCCAGCCAGGUGGUGAGGGUCCUGGAGGUCCUGGCCCUGUCCCGACCCUUCUCAAUACACCCCACUCUGCUGUGCCUGUGUCCCUUUCACUGGGCUGGCCCCGGCGCUGCAGACGGCAGAUGCCAGGAGGAGGUGGCUCUGAUGGGAGUGUGCAGGGCUGCCCACAGUGCCCUGUGCCUCACAGAGCAUUUGGGUGGUCCUUGUGUGUGAGUGGGGCUCUCCACACCUAUGCUUGAGGUCUCCUUGGGGCGUUGUGGGGCUGACCACCGCCCCACGAUGGGAACACAACAGAGUCAGCCCAGACAGGGAUGAAAGUGCUGGGGCAAAUCAACAUGGACCGUCACACUGUGACUGAGCUUAGGAGGAACAAGACCCAUCAGGGCUGUGAGCUGGUGGGGGUCCUGGCAGGCUUCCUGGAGGAGGUGCUGCUCCAACUGAGAGAUCACCCAGGUUAAGAUGGGAAAGCUUUCCAGGGUGAGGUGGGGGCCAGUAUGUGAGUGGGAGUGGGGGAGGGUCUGGGUGGAGAGCCAGGAAGAUGGGCCAUGAGGAGCAGCAAAGCCAGGCCUAGGUUGGGGGUUGGUGGAGCGUCGUCUGGGCAUGGGUGGGGGCAGGGCGGGUGGGGGGCGCCUUAUCUCCUGCCAUGUUGGUGGUGCCGGUAGAUCCAGUUGCAAGUGCUUUGUGGCUGAAAGGGGAGCCCGCCCGCCUGCAGCCACCACCUGCCUCCCUGCUGACUCGUGCUGGCCAGUAAUGUGAGCCCCAGGGAGGGAGCCGCAGGGCGCCCUGGGUCCCCCCACCCCUGGCCACCCUCUGGCUGGGCAUAGCCACCCAGCAGAGCGGAUGCAGGUAAGAGAGGCCUGGGGCUCAGGCUGGCUGGGAUGGGUGGGGACCUGGUGCUGGGCAAGAGGGCCAUGGAGAAGGAUCAAACAGCUGGACAGGAUGCUGCCCAGCCACUGCGCAUGGAAACCCAGGCUGUGCCCAAACGCUGGCAUCUGCUGGUCCCACUGGCCACCACCCACCCUCCGGGUCUGCAGAGGCCUGGUCUCCUGUCCUCUAGGGUGGGCUCCGGAUGCCAGGGCCUGGACCACACAGGACCGUCACAGAGGCAAGCCGGCUGGGCUGGAGCUCUCCUGUGUGCCUCCCGCAGGAUGCUGCGGCCACAGGGUCCCCAGGCCUCCGAGGAGGGGACAGCCGCUGGGACCCGGCGGGGCGAUUGCAUCAUCUGCUACUCGGCCUACGAUCUCACUGGGCAUUUGCCUCGCCGCCUCUACUGCGGCCACACCUUCUGCCAGGCGUGCGUGCGGCGGCUGGACACGCCAGCCCACGAGCAGCGCUGGAUCCCCUGCCCGCAGUGCCGCCAGAGCACGCCCACGCCCCGCGGAGGGGUGGCCACGCUGGACCUCGACCUGGCCGCUUUCCUGGCCAUCAAGGCCGAGCGGGAGCCAUCUCGAGGGGAGCCCCGGCCCCCCGCACCCCCCAAAGGCAGCACAGCCAUCACUCAGCAGCCGGCAGGGCUCUGCCCGGCCUUGGGCCCCCAGCCCCACUUCCCCCGACCCAGAUGCUGCUGCUGGGGCUGCAGCAACUUCUGCUUGGCCCCCCCGGGCAGCCCCGAGGUCUGAGCUCGCACAGGGCGGCUGCUGUCCGUAGCAUGCCUACCUCAGAAGCUCUGACUGAGGCAUCACCUGCCCAGGACAGCCGGGGGCCGAUUGUCCUGGGUGCCACCCCACAUGGACCCCCUAGGCUGCGGCCUAAUGUCAGGGACUGUGCCCAUAGUACUGUGAGACUCCGCAAGGGGCCGGUGACCUCCUGCCGAAUCCGACCGGGAUGCCCAGGCCGCAGCUCGCAGGAUUGUGCAGGGCGGGGACACUCACUGCUGUUGGAGUUGCCCACAAGCCCAGCCCAGGCCUGACUCAGCUUAGAGCACGGCUCUUACAAGGGUCUGGUGGCCAGUCGCCAGGGCCGGCCUGCAGGCCGGAGGGGCCGGGCCCAGCCAAGGCUGUUCCUGGGGGUACCUGUUCCAGUGAACCAUCCCAGAGGUGUGAGCUGGGAGCAGCGAAAGGGCCACUCCCUUCACCCCUGGCCUGCAAGGCAGCCCUGGGGAGUUCUCACUCAAUGAAGCUGACCGAGCCCCCACCGUGUUGGCUGCUGUUCCAAGAGGGUCCCCUGCAGAUGUAAAUUUACUGCUGUGACAAGUGUCCCAGGAGAGGGCCCUGGGCAGGAGAGGGUGGGGACCUGCCUGAGGUUGCACAGCUUAGGAAGGCCACUCCUACCCUGAGCCCUUUCCUGACCCUCGGCUGCCUUCUGCCUCCUAGUGGCCACCACACAGACACUUUGGAAGGGCCACAGCAGGUGCUGGAGGCUAUGGGUGCAGAUACCCUCAAGUCAGGCUGCAAUAUUCCCACCCCUACCUGGGAAGGAGCUGUCACUCAGGAGCCCCUGGGAGGGACUGCUGGGCCUGCCCUGGGAGGUGGGUGGCAGGAAGGGGAGGGACAAGAGAAUUUGCUGAGAGGACACUCAGAAACCUCCUCCUUCCUUGGGGCAAAGUCCCCCAGGCACACAGCGAUUGGUGGGCAGUGGGCAGAGUGCUGGAGCCAACAGGCCCCCUGGGGAGACCAGGCCUGGGGGGCGGGGCUGGCCCCAGCUCUUCCUCCAGCGUUCCAGGAGCAAGAAGGGGACUGACCUCAGGAAGGGGCACCCCAUAAGUGAUGGGCCCAGUCAGGGCUCAGCUGUGGAGAAAACACCAUGGGCCGCGUCUCCUGGUCCAGGAGGGGUUGGGGGUAGGGCUGGGCAGCCAUGUGGCCUGGGGGGGACCAGUCCUCCCCCCACUUGCAGAUGGAGGUAUGACAUCCUGGACUGUUGCUGGCCACCACUGGGCCGGGCCCAGCCCUGCCUCAAACCCGAUCUAAACUGGAUGAUCUCAGGGCUGGUGCUGUCCUCACCUAACCAGUACAAGGGGCUUCCCUCCCACCCUCUGACAGGGCAGGGAUGAACAGACAGAAGGUGUGCAGAGCUCUAGGCUCCCCUAGCCCUCUAGUCAGAGCACCCCAUGCUACCCUGCCCUGGGCGGGCGGCGUGCAGUGUCCACUAGUGUCACACAGGUGCCUGCUCUCACACAAGUCCAGCCCUGCAA